GCUGCGGCACGCCGUGUAGUGGGCCAGCGACGGCGUGGAUGGCGGACUCGCAGCUGUUCUGCGUGGCCGAGGAGCGCAGCGGCCACUGCGCUGUGGUGGACGGAAACUUCCUCUACGUGUGGGGGGGCUACGUGUCAAUUGAAGACAAUGAAGUAUAUUUGCCUAAUGAUGAAAUUUGGACCUAUGAUAUUGAUAGUGGGUUAUGGAGAAUGCAUCUAAUGGAAGGAGAACUCCCUACCUCCAUGUCAGGAAGCUGUGGUGCUUGCAUUAAUGGGAAGCUGUACGUUUUUGGAGGAUAUGAUGACAAAGGAUACAGCAAUCGACUUUAUUUUGUCAAUUUGCGAACAAGAGAUGGCACCUAUGUUUGGAAAAAAAUCACCAACUUUGAAGGACAGCCACCCACACCUCGUGAUAAACUUUCCUGUUGGGUGUAUAAAGACAGAUUAAUAUAUUUUGGUGGUUAUGGGUGCAGGAGACACAAUGAACUUCAAGACUGUUUUGAUGUUCAUGAUGCAUCUUGGGAAGAACAAAUAUUCUGGGGAUGGCAUAAUGAUGUCCAUGUAUUUGAUACAAAAACACUGACUUGGUUUCAACCAGAAAUUAAAGGUGGAGUUCCACCACAGGCACGAGCCGCGCAUACGUGUGCAGUUCUUGGAAAUAAGGGUUAUGUCUUUGGCGGACGUGUUUUGCAAACUAGGAUGAAUGACUUGCACUAUCUAAACUUAGACACCUGGACUUGGUCUGGAAGGAUUUCUAUUAAUGGAGAAAGUCCAAAACAUCGGUCAUGGCAUACUUUAACACCAAUAGCUGAUGAUAAACUUUUCCUAUUUGGAGGACUAAGUGCAGAUAAUAUUCCAUUAAGUGAUGGUUGGAUUCAUAAUACAAUAACAAAUUGUUGGAAACAACUUAUACAUUUACCUAACACAAGACCCAGGUUAUGGCACACAGCCUGUUUGGGAAAAGAAAACGAAAUAAUGGUGUUUGGUGGGAGCAAAGAUGAUUUACUUUCCUUGGAUACAGGUCACUGUAAUGAUUUAUUGAUCUUUCAAACACAGCCUUAUUCACUACUCAGGUCAUGCCUAGACUGCAUUGGUAAAAAUGCUAUUAUUUUAAAAAGCCAAAUAUCUCUAUUACCUCCUAAACUUCUCCAACAAGUACUCAAAAAAAUCACAUUUUGGACUGCUGCCAAUCACCGAGAAGAACAAAGAGCCCAAAAAGAUGAAACAGAAAAUAAGUAUCAGUGGAUCAGUAGCAAUUGAAUUGUUAUAUACUCUAUAUAUAUCUAAUACACUUAAACAUAACAUUUCAAUCAGAGUAUACAUUUACCCCCCCAUAGCAGGCUUUAUUUAAAGGAUAAAAUAUGAAACAAAAUGCUCUGUUAAAGUUAUUAUAUAGCAUGGAAUAUACAGAAAUGAGAUAUAAAUACAGAUUAUAUUUGUAAACCAGUGUCCUUAUAAUCUACAGAACAAGUAUGCUUUCUGAAAGUAAGUACAGUUAUAACAGAUAUUAAAUCAAUGUGUACUCUUUACUGGAAAGAUUAUGCAAAUUUGAGAAGAAAAAUUACCCUAAGGACUUCAGAAAUUCCCUAACAUAACUGUAGAUAUGUGUAUAAACAUUACAUACCAACUUUCAGAAAGAUAAAUUCUCUCAAGUUGCUUUAAAAUUACCUGUCUCCUAUAAUAGUUAUUUAAAAACUUCUCCUUAAAUAACUAAUACAGCUGGUCAAAAAGCAUAAAAUAGGCAGAUACCAGUACUGUAUUAACUCCAGCCCUUCUGGCACUUACUUAGUAAAGUGUUCUUAGGCAACAUUGUAACUUUUCUUCACCCUUUGGGUGGAGAAAUACAUGUCCUCAAUUCUGACUCCAAUUAAGUUAUUUAGUUUGUCCAGUUAUACACACACACACACACACACACACACAUGAGGCCAAGUUUUAAUGUAUAUAAAGUGAAGGUUUAUUUUAUCAUACAGGCUUUGGAAUAUUGGGAUGUGGUAUAUUUAUUAACUUUUGAGACAUGUUGAAAUACAUUUUGCCUUGGAAAAAUAAUUUUUGUAAGCAAUGAAAUGGGGUGGUAAUAUAGCAAUUUGACUAUGAAAAGCCCUCAGUUUGACUCAGUCUGCUCCAUAGAGUUGAUGCUUAAAACAUCAGGAUGUUCAAAAUCCUUUGAAUUCUUUUAAAAUAAAAGUAUUUACCAUCUACCGAGAAAUGGAACCCUGUAUCUUUGAAUCAAAUAGUACUUUUGCCAUAAUUGAGAUAUUUUUCUUCAUAUUAUCACAGUCAUGCCCUUCCAUUAUUAGGUAUAAUUAACUACUACAAAGCUUUGUAUAUAAAACUGUUCUCCACACUAUCACCUUACAAGUUGUUUUUGAAGUUUAAAAUGUCAGAAAAAUAUAUUUCUACAUUGAAAUAUGUAAUUUAUAGUGAAAAUUAUAGUUUGUAGUGUCAUUAAAUUUAGAUAUAUAUUUUAUAUAUGUAUUGUAUUUUGGAUGUAUAAAGCUUCUAUUUAUGUAUUGUAAUAUUUGUGUUUACAUUUUUAUUUAUUGUACAAAGAAUAUGGAGUUACUGUUUCAUAAUUUUGUCAAUGUGAACCAGUUAUUAGAGUUGAUUGUGCAAAAAAAAGUGUAAGUUUUGAUUUUUUCUUACUGUUUUUAAUCUGCAUAUCAGAUUUAGAAAAUGAAUCUCACAAGUUACACACAUCUUAAGAGAAAUGAUCUUGUUACUGUGACCUUCAGUCAGCAUUUUAUAGUUAAGGCAAAAAUAUACCAAAAUCUGCUGGGCACGGGGGCCACCUAUAAUCCCAGCAGCUCAGGAGGCUGAGGCAGGAGGAUGGAGAGUUCAGAGUCAGCUUCAGCAAAAGAGAAAUGCUAAGCAACUCAGUGAGACCCUGUCUCUAAAUAAAAUACAAAACAGGGCUGGGAAUGUAGCUCAGUGAUUGAGUGCCCCUAAUCUUAAUCCCUGGUACCUCACCCAACCCCCUAAUUUUAAUCCCUGGUACCCCACCCGACCCCCAUCCCCACAAAAAAAUACACACACACACACACACCCCAAAACCUAAUUGGUUAGUGAUGGAUGACAUUGAAUGGAACAAACACCUUUUAAAAUGAUUUCUGGAUUAUAUGGAUGCUUUCUCCAGCCCAUUAAAAGAGCACUUCUGUUUUUAUUUUUUAUUUUUUUUAGCACUUCUGUUUUUAAAUGUUUUUUUCAAAACAUUAAAAGUUGGAUUAGCCCCCUCAAAAUGCAUAUUUUUGUUUCGACUUUGGGAAUGAAACCUAUAUAUAACCUAUCCCCACCCCUAGUACUACUUUUAUUUGAUUUGAUAUUCUGUGCUGCUUCAAAAAGUUAUGUAUCUUAAGGUAGUCUAGGGUAGGAAUGACUGAAAUUCUGAUCUUUACCUUCAUAUUCUGAAUUUUGGCUUAAACCAGGGCUUCCCUGCUAUUAGAAAGUUUUAAUUUCCAUAGACUAAAUGGUAUUUCAUUCGUCACUUCUUACCAGCUGAUGUUUUACUAUCAACUUUUGUGCCACUGAUUUCCACAGUAUAUAGAAGCCAGGGUAUAUAGAAGAUAACAACAGCCUCACGACUUUACUUCUUAAUACCUUAUUACUGUCUCUCUGGAAGAUUAUUCUAGCAGGUUUAAUGGUUUUUCUCAGAUGGAUCACAAAAUGGGUUCUCAAGGAAAAAGAAUCCUAGGAUGUUCUUCACUUGUUAGGAAGGAUUCUUUUAAGGUGUUAUAAUUUUAAUGAUACAAUAGGUAGCACAUCAAAUGGUAUACAUUUUUACAAAUAGUAUUUGCACAAACAAUAUUUGCACAAACACCUUUAAAAAUUAUUAGCCUCUCACAUCUAGAAGCUGAAAAAUAUUCUUUAGGACUUUGUACUGUCAGUUUGUAGUGACAUUUUCAUUAAUACCUUAUUUAAGUUUGUGUAUUAGUGUCUGAGAGAUAAGUAAUCUAAAAUUACUAAGAAUUUUCAGGGUAGUUCAUGCUGUCAACAAAGUUUAGACUUUUGGAACAUUGACGGGAGUAACCAAUUUUAAGAAACAUAAUUCCUCUUUAAGCACUUUUUUUGGUGCCUAUAUUUCAAUUAUAUAGUAGUCCCAUCAUCUGAAGUUUUGUUUUCUGCUGUUUCAGUUACCUGUGGUCAACUAUAGUCUAAAAAUAUUAUUAGAGUUCAUUGAAUAAUUAAGAUAUUUUGAAGGAAGUGAGGGCUAGGGAUGUGGCUCAGUGGUAGAGUGUUUACCUAAUAUGCAUAAGGCCCUGGAUUGGAUCCCCAGCCUUAGGGGGGAUAUAUAUAUAUAUAUGUAUUUAUAUGUAUACAUGUACAUAUGUAUAUUUUUGAGAGAUCACAUUCACAUAGCAUUUAUAACAUUUUUAUAAUUAUUCUAUUUUUAUAAUUAUUAUUAUUAAUCUCUUAUUGUGCCUGAUUUAUAGAUUAAACUUUAUCAUAGAUAUGUACAUAUAAGAAAAAAUUAUAUAUAUAUGGUGGUUUGGUAUUGUCUGUGAUUUCAGGCAUCCGCUGGGGAGGGGGUCUUAGAACAUAUCCUCCAUGGCUAAAUGGUGACUACUAUAUUAAUGCAAUUCUAUAUGUGGGCACAAAAAAAAAUUUUUUAAAUCACUCAAAGCCCAUAGUUUACAUUAGGGUUUAAUCUUGGUGUUAUACAUUCCAUGGGUUUGGAUGGGUAUGACAUUUGUCCACUACUGUAGUAUUAUACAAAUAGUUUUAUUACCGCAAAAUAUCUUUUGUGUUCUGCUUACUCUUCCUUCUCUUCACCUUACCCCUGGUAAUCACUGAUCUCUUAACCAUUUCCAUAAUUUUGCUUUUCCAGAAUAUCAUAUAGUAGAAAUCUUAUAGUGUAUAAUCAGUGAAGAUUGGCUUCUUUAGUUAGUAAUAUGUAUUUUAAGUUUUCUCUGUUUCUUCAUGGCUUGACAGCCUGUUCAUUUUUUUUUUUUUUUAAUCCCUGUUCAUUUUUAACACUGAACAGUGUUUCAUUGUCUGGAUGCACACACACAUACACAUACACACCACACACACACACACAGAUUUUUAUGUGGACAUAAACUUUAAAUUCAGUUGGAUAAAUACCAAAGAGCAAGAUUGUUGGAUCAUAUGGUUAAGAGUAUAGGUAGUGUUGUAGAAAACUACCCGACUCUUCCAAAUUAGGUGUUGGCAGUUUGCAUUCCCACCAGCAAUGAAUUCAAGUUUCUUCUUUAUUCCAUAUCCUUGUCAGUAUUUGAUGUUACCAGUGUUUUGGAUUUUGGCAAUUCUAAUAUGUGUGUGAUAGUAUAUUAUUGUUGAUUAAAUUUACAAUGCACUAAUGAUA